CUCUCAUGCAUGAGAUUUUGGAUGCAACAGUGCUUGACACAGCAUGACCAAUGCAGAGUGGCCAAUCCAGAAGGGUGGUUACCCAAACGCCUCCUCGACGUUGGCUUAGACUUCUCGAGCUCGACGAUCCGAUUGUUGGGCUCCGAAGAUGUCUCAGCUGGGUCGUCUUAUACAACGCUAAGCCAUCGGUGGAACACCGCGCAGAUGCCGAAACUCACCAGCAAUCACCCUGUAGACUUCGACAUUGACUCCCUUCCUUAUACAUUCCAAGAAGCCAUUGAGACUACUCGUGGGUUGGGUCUAAGAUACCUAUGGAUCGAUUCUCUAUGUAUCAACCAAAACGAUCCAGAUGACUGGGAAGCCCAGAGUGCACAGAUGUCAAUGGUUUACGAGAACUCGAUCUGCAACUUUGCCGCGACCGGAGCC